AGUUGAGUUACAGAACAAAAGGACAGAUGGUGAGAUGUUUUGCCUGACUUUGUAACUGUGAAUUUGCCUUUCUCUAGUUUCACUCAGUGAGUUGUGAAUAUGUGGUAGAGUGUACCUUACCAUAUAACAGGAGUUCAUUUUACUAAAGGGGGGGACAAAAAUCUGAGAAGUCAACUGAGCAGGCCAGGUGAAAGCCAAGAAUGGGGACAAUCUCCAAUGACGUUCGAAGACUUGUAGAGGAUUGUCAUUACUUUAUAACUGAAGUCCUUCGGGAUGAAAAGCUGAGCGAUUAUGCAGUUCAGACUCGUAAAGUUCUGCUCAGUAACUUCAGUGUUGUGCACAAACGAAAUCCUCAGGAGUUUGAUAUUAACACAGAUUCGCUGCAGGAAGACGUUUCCGAUGACAACGGCAGAUUUAGUCUUGGCCGCUCAGUUCCCUCCGAUGAAGCUUCAAUUGCGUCUGAUUGCCAGGAUGAUGGAGCCCAAGAGUGUUUUGAGGAUAUCCCCAUAGUGGCUGUCCAGGACCUUAGCCCCAUCAUAAAGCAAGAUUACUUGGAAAAGAGACGACGAGACCACAGCUUCUUUGGCUCCGAAUGGCAGAAGAGAUGGUGUGUCAUUUACAAAAAUAUAUUCUACUAUUUUGGAACAGAAAAAGAUAAGCAGCAAAAGGGGGCGUUUUAUAUUAAUGGCUACAAGGCAGAAGUAGUGACUCAUCUCAGAAAAGACUCCAAGAAAAAUGCCUGUUUUGAGCUCAGUGCUCCAGGGAAACGGUCCUUUCAGUUUGUAGCAAACAGUCCUCAAGAUGCCCGAGAUUGGGUGGAUGAAAUCAAUUUUAUAACUAAAGACCUUCAGUCUGAACAAAUUCCUUGUGACGAGGAUGAAGUGGAGGAUGAUGAUGCGUGCUCAUAUGACGAUAUUGAAGCAGUAAUGGGGGGUCCCGUCCCGCCACCUCCUGGUGCCCUGCCACAUGCCACACAAAGAGGGGAGCUAGACGAUGAAGGGGACGAAAUCUACGAGGUGGUGCCAGAUGAAUGUCUAGAACGUGCAGACAAUAACUCACCAGAUCGGUCUAAAGAUUAUGCUAACUACUUCCAAGGCUUAUGGGACUGUGAAGCCGAUGAACCAGACGAACUGUCUUUCCAAAGAGGAGAUCUCAUCUACAUUCUCAGCAAGGAAUACAACAUUCACGGCUGGUGGAUCGGCGAACUCAACGGCUCCGUGGGUAUUGUCCCCAAAGAGUUCCUGCACCCUGCCUACAUCCUGUGAACUCCAACAGGUACCAGCACUACUGACUUGUCCAGAAAGCACUGGAGACCUUUCCUUCUUCUUUCAAGAAAAUCAUCAUUACUGAAGGAGAACAAGGACUUGCCAGGAAGGUCUGGGACUGGUCUGGAGUCAAACAAAUAUGAGAAGAAAAU